CUGACGGCAACGGAGGCUGCAGCGGGUGGUCCACGGGCCGCGGGGAAGGCAAGCGACGGCAGCGCGUUCCCUGCCCCAUUCCAGGCGGGAAGGGUCAGAGGGAUUUUGCCGAUGUUCCGUCUUUGGAACAAACGGCCCGAGGGGCCAGACGCAUCGAAUGGGAAAACAGAAGAGCCGCACGGCCGCCUCUCCCAGAAAGGAAUAUCUCCGAGGCUCCCUGACAUCAUGUCAAUAGGAUCACAUUCAUUCUCCCCAGGAGGUCCUAAUGGGAUUAUUAGAAGCCAGUCCUUUGCUGGCUUCAGCGGGCUUCAGGAAAGACGGUCCAGGUGUAACUCCUUUAUUGAAAAUUCCUCGGCACUCAAGAAGCCCCAAGCAAAGGUGAAGAAAAUGCAUAAUUUGGGCCAUAAGAACAGCACCACGCCCAAAGAACCCCAGCCUAAAAGAAUGGAAGAGGUCUACCGAGCUCUGAAGAGUGGCCUGGAUGAGUAUCUGGAAGUUCACCAGACAGAGCUGGAUAAGCUGACUACUCAGUUGAAGGACAUGAAAAGAAACUCACGCCUGGGAGUCCUGUACGAUUUAGAUAAGCAAAUCAAAGCGGUUGAGAGAUACAUGAGAAGGCUGGAGUUCCACAUUAGCAAGGUGGAUGAGCUUUAUGAAGCUUAUUGUAUCCAAAGACGUCUCUGUGAUGGUGCCAGCAAAAUGAAGCAAGCUUUUGCAAUGUCUCCUGCCAGCAAAGCAGCUCGAGAGAGUUUGUCUGAAAUCAACAGGAGCUACAAGGAGUACACAGAGAACAUGUGUACCAUAGAAGCAGAGCUGGAAAACCUACUGGGGGAGUUUUGCAUCAAGAUGAAAGGUCUGGCUGGCUUCGCUCGGCUCUGCCCAGGAGAUCAAUACGAGAUUUUCAUGCGUUACGGUCGCCAGCGAUGGAAACUGAAAGGCAAAAUAGAAGUGAAUGGCAAGCAAAGCUGGGAUGGAGAAGAGAUGGUUUUCCUCCCUCUCAUUGUUGGACUGAUCUCCAUUAAGGUCACAGAAGUUAAAGGGCUUGCUACUCAUAUCCUUGUGGGAAGUGUAACCUGUGAGACAAAAGACCUGUUUGCAGCUCGGCCUCAGGUGGUUGCAGUAGACAUCAAUGACCUUGGCACAGUAAAGCUGAACCUUGAGAUCACCUGGUAUCCCUUUGAUGUUGAAGACUUGACCCCAUCCACAGGAAAUGUGAGCAAGGCAUCUGCUCUCCAGAGGAGAAUGUCCAUGUACAGCCAAGGCACUCCUGAAACACCAACCUUCAAGGACCACUCAUUUUUUUCGAAUUUGCCAGAUGAUGUCUUUGAAAAUGGGACAGCAGCCACUGAGAAGCGGCCUCUCUCCUUCACUUUUGGUGACCUGCCUUACGAAGACGCCGUGCCCCCUGCCAACUCAGCAGAGUCCUCAUCUGCUCAUGUCAGCUCCAGCCCUGACAUCACUGUGACCCCCACCCAGCACCGAGCCCUCGAGUCCUCCCAGAGCUCGAGCCUGGACUGUAGCAGCAGCGACUCCCGCAGAGACUCUGUUGCUGAGCCAAAGGACCUGCCAUCCCACGGAGAGGGAGUGGUGGCUGAGAACAAGAACACCCCGAGGGCAACUCCUGAAGUUUGCCAAAAAAUCUCUGAUGCUGGCAGCGAUCAUGUCUUUGUAGAAACGAGUGUCCCCGUGUCUCUCCUGCAGGACACGGAUGAAGGUUCAGAACUCAAGCCUGUGGAGCUGGAUACCUACGAGGGCAACAUCACAAAGCAGCUGGUCAAAAGGCUGACAUCAGCAGAGACACCCCUGACCCCAGAGAGGCUGCCAUGUGAGGGAUCCAUUAGUGGGGAAUCAGAAGGAUAUAAGUCUUAUCUCGAUGGAAGCAUCGAGGAAGCCUUGCAAGGGCUUCUCUUAGCUCUUGAGCCACAUAAAGAGCAGUAUAAAGAGUUUCAGGACCUGGAUCAAGAGGUGAUGCAUCUAGAUGACAUCCUAAAAUGCAAGCCAGCAGUAAGCCGAAGCAGGUCCUCCAGUUUAAGUCUAACAGUUGAAAGUGCUUUAGAAAGCUUUGAUUUCCUGAACACCUCUGACUUUGAUGAUGAGGAUGGUGGUGGUGUGGAGGUUUGUAAUGGUGGAGGAGGUGCAGACUCGGUAUUUUCAGAUACUGAGAUUGAGAAGAAUAGCUACAGGACGGAGCACCCAGAAGCCAGAGGCCACCUGAGCGAAGCUCUCACCGAGGACACGGGCGUGGGCACCAGCGUGGCUGGCAGCCCUCUGCCCCUGACCACAGGCAACGACAGCCUCGACAUAACCAUAGUUAAGCACUUGCAAUAUUGCACCCAGCUCAUUCAGCAAAUUGUGUUCUGCAGUAAAACACCAUUUGUGACAAGAGACCUCCUGGAUAAGCUGUCCAGGCAGAUCCUUGUGAUGGAGAAUAUUGCAGAGAUCAGCACUGAGAACUUGGGAAACAUCACCUCUCUAACUGAUGCAAUUCCAGAGUUCCACAAGAAGCUGUCACUGCUGGCUUUCUGGAUGAAGUGUACUGGCCCUUCAGGAGUGUAUCAUACCUCUGCAGACAAGAUGAUGAAGCAGCUGGAUAUAAAUUUUGCCACCACUGUGAACGAGGAGUGUCCAGGACUUGCAGAAACAGUUUUCAGGAUCCUGGUGUCUCAGAUCCUGGACCGGACAGAGCCUGUCCUCUACUCCAGCAUGUCCUCCGAGACCAUUACUGUCUUUCAGUAUUACAACUACUUUGCCAGCCACAGUGUCAAUGACCUUGGAAGCUAUUUGCUGCAGCUUGCCAAAGAAGCAUCUGUGGUUCAGGUGCUGCAGUCAGUGAAAGAUGGAAAACUGCAGCAAAAUGUGUCCAAAAUAAACUCCAACAACCUUCUACCACAGCAGGAAGUUUUGAGAGCUUUGGCUUUACUUCUCAAUGAAAAUAAAAAUGAAGUCAGCGAGACUGUGGCAUCACUUCUGACAGCAACUGCAGAAAACAGGCACUUCAGGGAGAAGGCCUUGAUUUAUUACUGUGAAGCACUAACUCAGCCCAACCUCCAGCUGCAGAAAGCAGCUUGCUUGGCUCUAAGAUACCUCAAGGCUACUGAGAGCAUUAAAAUGCUGGUCACGCUCUGCCAGUCUGACAAUGAAGAGAUCAGAAAAGUGGCAUCCGAAACCCUGCUCUCCCUUGGUGAAGAUGGGAGACUGGCAUAUGAACAGCUGGACAAAUUUCCCCGGGAAUUUGUUAAAGUUGGAGGCCGCCGUGGAACUGAAGCUGCCACGGCUUUUUAGAUGGAAAAGGACCUGCUAAUAUUUAACAGGCAUUUAAGUAGGAUGGAGCUGCACUUCAGUGUGGGAAACAGAAGGAGGACUUUAAAGAAUUCUAUGAGAAUGUUCCAAAAUGUAGCAAUUUACACACUUCUCAAAGAAAAGCAAAACCUAAAAUCCAGCUUAAGGGUUCCUAUUGGCUCCUCGUUGCAGCUCAUGAUGGAACAGUUGGAUGCUGAGGAACAGUUCUCUCUUGACUGGUUCUAAACAAAUAAUGUAAUUGCAGUUAUUCAGCCUCAACAGACUUCUGUGAGGUUUUUAGAAUUUGGCAUCUCCAUAUAUUUUCCUAUUAUAUCUGCUUCCUUGAAGUUGUUGUGAAAGCUUGAGACGUGUGAUACCGUACCUAACAAGGACAAUCAGGAGGCCAUCUGAGCUGGCAUGCAAAGAAGUUUCCCCUUGAAUCCCAAAUGAAGUGUCUGCUGCCAUGCAGUGUCCCCAGCAACGCUCCAGUGGCAGGAAACACUGCUUAGCUUUCUCAGUUGUGUCUUGGUAAUGAAAUACAGGGAAAGUUCUACAAGUUUUGCCUUGAGAAACAGCAAGGAACAGCGUGAUGUAAACCCUGGGAGGCAUCACUUUGGUGACUCAUUCUAAAUGCCUCCACUGGUCUUUUAUUCCCUUCUCCUGCCCUCCAGCAACAAACCAUCAUUAAUCAUGGUUUCUGAAAAUCAUGUCGGUUUCUGAAAACUAAAUGAAAAGGUAAAGUGCAUUUAUUUAUGCUGAGAAGGAGUGAAUACCGCUAAUUGCACGAUCCCCGAAACCAUUUUGUCCUGCAAGUUGCAGGCAGGAUUGGAUUUCAUACCUUCUAAUUAGAGGAGCAGAGUUUCUAUAGAGUGAUUUCAAUAUGAAGAACAGAACAAACUCAAGUGGACCUCGGAGGCAGUAAUAAACAGAGGGGGAAGUGAAUGCACCUCCCCUCCCUGCACUGCAAGGUUGAAAGACAGUGAGAGCUUCAAACCGUUGAUUACAAGCCUUAAGUUAACAGAGGAGGUGAAUAGAAUUUAACAGAAGAGUGUUCCUGUACUGUGUUCAUUAUGCAUGAAAUGCUAUUUAGAUGUCAAUUGAAGUAUCCAAAUUUGCAUAGACAACAUAGAAAAUAUUGCAAACAGUUCACAUCAAAAGGAAACCUUGUGAGCCAAACACUUUGGCAGGCAGGGGUCAUUUGUUUUGUUUUUUUACUGUGAAUGUUACAAUAAUGUACAUAUCUGUAUAUUUAUAAAUAUAUAUAUUCUCCCUUUAAUUAAAGAAGUACAUUUUGUACAGUGCAAAAUGCUUACUUGUUUACUGAGGGAUAUAAACUCUUUUUGCAGAAGGUGAAAUAGCCAUGUUAUGGUUUUUAUACUACACCUGUCCCAUCAGUUGAAUUCUUUCAAGGUGUCCUUUUGUAUCUACUUUUUUUUUUUUUUUAUUUUUUUUUUCUUUUAGUUUUGUGGCAUUUGUACUCACCAUAUUUCCUAUCACAUUUAAGUUAUAAUAAAAUUAUUUUUAAUUACUAAGCACAUCAGUCCAUAUGUAUAGUCACUCUUUCCAUCAAUAGUCCCUUCACAAUCCGGCUCAUAGUUUAAGUUCAGAGCAAGCCAGUUUUGUGUAUCAUUCAAAAUACUUAUCAAGAAAGGCUCCACAGGGACUACUAAAAUGUGCUUUAGAGGCUCCAGGAUUGUUACCAAACUUGCACUGAUUACUCCUCCCUUCUGUGAAGACAGACUCUCCUCUGACAGAGGACAUUCCUUCCAUUAAUUUUUCCUUUUCAAACAUUCAGGCUUGCAGCACACACCAUGGGGAAUGUAGAUCUGCCUAUGGAGCAGGGAGUCAAAGCUGCAGAGAACAGGGGGCAGCUCACACAGAGAGGUACUGCAUCAAAUGGAGGGUGUAUCUCAUCUCAUUGUAGUUUAAAGCCACCCUUUGAGAAGUUUAUUAGCCUAAGGCUGAUCUGCUACAUGAUUAUAACCAUUAAAAAAUCAUGCUUUCAGUUCAGAAGAACCAAAUAGGAGCAAAUUAUGCUGUGAAUAAAGUCAUUGAGUAAAUGUGAAAAAGUGGAUAGACCUUAAAGCUUCCAAAACCUGAAGGCAAAUAAAAAUGACCAAACCAUGUGCCUCAUAGCUUGUACAUUUUUAUGCUUGCAGAGCUGACAAUGCUGCCUUUUCCUGGCAUGUUAAUGCACUCCUUUGCAAAGUAGGAAAAACCAGGUGAGCAUCACAAGGCUCAUGACCACCAACUAGUAAAGGAAGCAGCAGGCAGUAAUUACAAAAGCUCUUAGGGCUGCAGCAGGCUUACUUGGGCAAAUUUAAAGGCCAGGGCCACCCCAGGAAAAUAUGCAAAAUAUGCUCAGAACAAGGUCCCAUACCCAAGCAGCACACAGCAGUGCAGGUGGAAGAGAUGGGCAGCUCACUAAAAGUGCACUUGGGAAGGGGGUUUAUCUGCUGGUAAAGGUAUCCUUACUGUAUGCUGUGGUGGUUCUUACUACCCCUGCCAUGCUGUCAAUGCCUCAGCAUUUGGCCCCAUAAAUAGAAACCUGUAGCAGCCCUAGACUACUGCAGCUACAGCAGCAGCAUGUUAGGCUGCCCAGUUUCACACUGCUACUGGCAAGGCUGUUGCAUCCAUCAGACCUUCAAAAAGUUAUCCUCUGCAGCUUCACCCUAUCCUGCAGUCUGUGACACACAGAUUAAUGUGGACUUCAAAAUCCGGAGUCAAUACAAUUGUCAGACACUGUAUCUUAGGUAUGGCUCCCUGCUUUGCAGUGGGAUUGUCCUGAGGAGAGGAUCCACAGCACCCAGCUUCAAAUGGCUGCAGUGCUCCCGAGGGUAGGGUUGAUGUGUCCCCACAACUGAU